CACUUGCAUGUGAUUGAUGAUGAUUUCGGUUCGAACUUGCAGUGGGAACGGAACUCCUUCAGGCUUCACAUCACCUGAAUUCAACAUGCGGGCAUUCCGCAAUGCCAUCUUCGACUCGCUCAUUAGUGAAUCUCAACCCGUGACUUGCUAAACAGAAACAGACCGGAAAUCUCCUCCGCAAUCCCCAAUUCCAUGCUACCCUAGAACGUCGUCGUCCUCAUCGUCGAGCUCUCGACUGGCCAUGGCCGUGCCUGAGCAUCGCAAACCGCCCACAGCCCCGACCGGCCCUCGCAGCUCUGACAAUGGACAUGACGAAUUGAGGGCCCACUCCCGCUCACCGCAUCCCUACCAUCGGCUCAAGUCCGAGCUCCUCGAACGCGCCGACCGCAUCGCUUCCUGGCCGGCCAACCAAGGGAGUGGCACCGUCGAGGUGUCGGAGGCUUCAUUUGUGCACCCAUUUCCAUCCUUCGCAAGAGAUUCUCCGAUUGCCAGCGAGAGUGGUUCUGAGGCCGAUGACGAGCAUAUGCUCAAGGGGCUUCCGGCGCCCAAGGCUCGGUUGCAUAAGGGUUUAAGGGGCACGAACGAAAGGCUUUCAGGAGCUUCCACACCGUUGUCUUCGCCUCCACUGUUGGAGGAGGAGGGUCAGAAAACUCCCCUUAGCUCCGGUCAUGGAGGAUACGAGCGUGGCAAGAGGGGCGCAGCCGAGAGGGUCCGCCGGCGCAAGGAGCUCGUCCGGCGGCUGACGGAAGUGAUCCUCCUCUUAUGGCAGGGGGGAUUGGUUGCCUCAAAUCCCGAGGUGCAGCCUUUCUUGCGACAGCACUAUACAGAGCUGUUGACUGUCGGCCGGCUCUUCUGCAUGCUGGCGGCAGUGUACCCCCUGAGACUUGUUGGAUGGGCCUAUCGCCAGGGCAAACCAUCGAAGCUGAUACCGAUUCACGUCCCGGCGAGUUUUGACCCUGCGCCGCUUCUCUACCCUCCUCUGGUGCCAGUACUUGUAUCUCUACUCACUGCCCAGAGCGUCAAGGGUGCCGUGUUGCCGAGUCUGGUCUUCAGCAUCUGCACCCUACCGAGGCCGCUGAUCCCUAGUGCCAGUUACUCGGAACACCUUAGCUGUGCCCACUGGUUGCUAUCGUGCAUACCCUUCACACUAGGGAGUUCUGAGGCUGCAACACAAACAUCCAGCGAAGACGGAGUUCCCCGGGAGGUUCUAGCCCUGCUCUACCCCUUACACCAGACCUUGUGUCUAAUCUUACACCACUUCACGACAACCAGUCUCCUGGUUUCUGAGCUUCAGCUGCUCUCAGUGGCUCUCAUAAGCCUCUUUUUACUGGCUACAUCUCCCCAAGCUGUGAUUCUUAAAGCAGUGCUCUGGGGAGGCGGCCUCAGCCUCCUUGUGCUUUGCGGCCAGGUGAUCCAAUGGGGUAUUUCGCUGGCUCGUGUUCCGAAAUGGCGCUUCCGGCAAGAUACUCCGACGAAGGGCAGUUUCAGCUACCAGUCGGUACGGCGGUUCUUAUCUGCCCGGCGAAGUUGCGCUGGCUCGCAGGCGAGCUGCGGCGGCGACUCAGAGAUGGACCAUUCUGAUGAAGCAUGUUUCGGCAGCCUGGACUUGCCACCGGUACCGAAGCAUGCCCAAAUGGACAGUAUAAGCGAUGCCGAGCCGAUGCCCACCACCUCGACAAUAUCAGAGACCAUCCAGUCCAACCCGCAGGGGCUAUCACAACACUCCUUCCGAGGACACACUCUUCCCCUUGCCGGAAAGCUAGACGCCCGCUCCAUAACGACUACCCCUUCCGGUCGUCGUAAACGGGCCGCCUCCUCCAGCGUCCGGGCCUUCUUCUCUCUUACUCAAACUCAAGCGACGAUCCGGAAGUGGCUUUAUGCAGGCUACGUAUACCUGUGCAUCGUUUUUGUCAUCUUCGCCGGAGUCCGGCUUUACGUCCAACGCUAUGCGCUCUUAAACAAUGAACCCAUCGGUUGGGCUCUAGGAUACCUCUUCGGCGACAUGCCCGAGUUCCGCUUCCAGGUCGUCAAAGCCAACCUUGAGCGCUGGAUCUGCCUUCCACCUCGCCCUCCUUCUUCCCCGGACACACCAACCUGCCCCGACCACCACUGCGCCGUUGGCUGGGUCCAGCACACCCGCCAAACCUCACUUGGCGCCGCCAACACCCGCCUCGCGCUGUCCGCCUACUGGCUCCUGAUCAUCCUCACCGGCCUCGCCAUCGUGUUCCGCCUCUCCCCGGUCUACGAGGUCGACACCCGCCGUAAGGUCUUUCACUUCAUGAUGGUCGCCAUGUUCCUCCCGACAACGUACGUCGACCCGUGCUACGUCGCGCUGGCUCUUGCGCUGGUGCUCGCCAUUUUCCUCCUGCUCGACCUCCUCCGCGCGAGCCAGCUGCCGCCGCUGUCGAGACCCAUCGCGAGGUUCCUCACACCGUAUGUCGAUGGAAGGGACCUCAGAGGCCCAGUAGUCAUCAGUCAUAUCUUUUUGUUGAUUGGCUGUGCCAUUCCGCUAUGGCUUAGUCUGGCUUCGCUGCCCCGCGGGUCAGUGUCCUCGUUGGAAAAGGGAGAGAGGGAGGAGAGUGCCGGGUGGAUGAGGGGCUGGGAAGUACCGACCAGGGAGGUGGCUAUGGUUUCCGGGGUGGUGUGUGUUGGGCUGGGGGAUGCUGCCGCGUCGCUUGUGGGCAGGAGGUGGGGGCAUCGGAAGUGGCUUUGGGGCGGUAGGAAGAGUGUCGAGGGCAGUCUGGCGUUUGCCGGGGCGGUGUUCGCUGGGUUGAUGACUGCUGCCGCGUGGUUGAGAAUUGGGGGUUGGGCGGUGGUUAGUGCCUCUGGUUCUUCCGGGAUUAGGGAGACGGGACUUCGGUCGGGGAUGGGUAGCUUGAGGAGUGUGUUUGAGCUUGGAACGGCUUUACCGUGGCUCAGGGCCGAGGUACCCAAGACGGUGAUGUGUGCUUCGCUGGCGUCGCUGACGGAGGCCGUGCUGACGGGGGGUAACGAUAAUGUGGUGGUGCCUGUUGUGCUGUGGGGGUGCGUCAAGAAUUUAGGGGUGUAACAUGGUGCUGGGUUAGACAGAAAGAAUGAUGGUAUCAUGAGGUUGCCAGCAUUGAUAAAAACAGGAGAACGGGGUUGGCUCAGCCAGCCGCGAUGAUUUCACACAUAUCAGAUAGAACCUGGCAGACCCGCCGCGUUCCUUCCCGGUCACCUGCGGCCAAAAUCAAGGUACAUGUAGAAGGGCAACACUCACAUUGUCACCGACUCCUCUCAUGAGCCUAACACCGAGUUGGCUCAGCGGUAUCGAGGGGAGCACCGGUCUGGAUUUCAACAACCGAAAUCGCCGAGUUCGACUCCCGGCGGGAGAAGUAGAAUCUCCUUUGGGGCUUUCGUAGCCAACCACCCCUACUCGACCGGUGCGGGAGUACGGCUGGUUGGUGGUGAGCUUUUGCUAGUCUGAUUAUCAUCAGGUUUCCUUUUCCCUUCCUGUGCGUACCAGUCGUGAAAUAGUUGAAGCCUCACAC